AUGAAGUUUUGGAAUCAGUGGGCCAAGCCUCAAGCUUUAAUAAUCGGAUUCCAGCUUGGUGUCGAUCCAAGCGAAAUUUUCUCCAAGUCCCACGGACGACGCACCAUUGAUACACUCGCGUUCAAUGACAAGUCAAAGGCCGAUUGGGAUUAUAUCAGCUCCAUUGAAGGCAGCAUGACGGUCAAGUUUGGUUUUGACGCUGCUGGGCUUCCAGGAAGUCGCAACCUGCUUACAGCGCUUAACCUCCACGGAGCCAAAUAA